UUUUUUUUAGAAAACGAUACUAUACCAUUUUUGCACGUUUAUGUUUCCUCUAGUAAAUAAAAUCAUCAAAAACCUCGUUUUGCUUUGUCCCUAUCUGCAUCUGCGAGAAGAAAAUGCAAAUGACACUGGAAUAAAAAAUCCUCAGACUCCUCGAACCCUAGCUCAAAGGGUUUGUUUUGCAGUCCAUCGAACUGGCUCUGUAGAAGUUUCAGCAGUUUAAGAUUCAUAAGAAACCCCUUUUUAGAUUGUUAGAAUUGGCUCAAGAAGUUGGCAUUGAGAACAAAUAGUGCGGAGAAAUUUUCUGCAAUCUCAGUAUUGGUGAUUAGGACUCUGAAUAAGAUGGUUGGUAAAUCUUUUGUUCAGGUCUCAACAUGCCCAACAGUGCUAUCUUCAUCAUUGACUACCCUCCCACCUAGUUCUUCAAAUUGCUUGCCUUGUCUUCCAUCAAGACCAUGCAAGAAACUCACCAGAGUAAUUGCCAUGUCUGCUGAUGCAGGACAUAGCCAGCCAUCCUCUUCAACAAAAAGGAAUCCGCUUGCAGUUGUUUUGGAUGUUCCUAGGAACAUUUGGAGGCAAACAUUACGGCCAUUGAGUGAUUUUGGUUUUGGACGUGGGAGCAUUUGGGAAGGUGGGGUGGGGUUGUUUCUAGUAUCUGGCGCGGUUAUUUUUGCGCUCAGUUUGGCUUGGUUGAGGGCAUUCCAAAUCCGGUCUAAAUUCAGGAAGUACAAUACUUUCUUUGAAUUUUCCCAGGCUUGUGGUAUUUCCACAGGAACACCCGUGAGGAUUAGAGGGGUGACUGUUGGCAAUGUCAUACGCGUUAAUCCUUCCCUGAAGAGUAUUGAAGCAGAGGUUGAGGUUGAAGAUGAUAAAAUAAUCAUACCUCGGAAUUCCCUGGUUGAAGUAAACCAGUCUGGUCUUCUCAUGGAAACCAUGAUUGAUAUUACACCUCGAGAUCCAAUACCAACACCUUCAGCAGGGCCUCUUGACAAAGAAUGUGUUAAAGAGGGUCUUAUCUUAUGCGAUAGGCAGAAGCUGAAGGGAUAUCAAGGAGUAAGUCUGGAUGCUUUGGUUGGGAUAUUUACUCGUCUUGGACGGGAGGUAGAGGAAAUUGGUAUUGCCAAAACUUAUUCGCUGGCUGAACGAGUAUCUCUAGUUGUUGAAGAGGCAAAGCCACUGCUUACAAAGAUCAAAGCCAUGGCUGAUGAUAUUCAACCUUUGCUGGCUGAGGUUCGUGACAGUGGUCUGCUAAAGGAAGUUGAGAAUCUAACCAGAAGUCUUACACAAGCGUCUGAGGAUUUGAGAAGGGUGCAUUCAUCAAUUAUGACCCCUGAGAACACUGAGGUGAUUCAAAAGUCCAUUUACACCCUGAUUUUUACCUUGAAGAACAUUGAGAAUAUAAGCUCUGAUAUUUUGGGAUUCACGGGUGAUGAGGCUACAAGACAGAAUUUAAAAUUGCUUAUCAAGUCCCUUAGCAGGCUAUUGUGAAGACAAAGAAAAGGUGGAAAUAGGACGGUAGCUUACAGUGGCAAAUUUGCUGAUUAAAAAAAAUGCUAUCCUCCAUUUAUCGGUGGGGAGAAACUGUAGUGUUGCUCCUUAAGUUUUUUUUGUUUUUGGGUAGCACAAAAGCAUCCAACGCUAUACUACAUUGUUCCAUUCUUUUGUCAGAGUGGAAAUGUCAAUACGAGUUUUGUGGACUGUUUAUCCUUUCCCCUGUUAGAAGUGAAAAUGUUAAUGAUUUUCAGUGGAGAUUAUGUUUGUUACUAUAGAAAACAUUAAUUUCAAGUCGAAAAUUGGACACCUAAGUGUAUCUUGGCUGAUCCAUUUGUUUC